AUGCCAUUUAGUACAUUAUUAACAUCUCGUUCGAAGACUGAUUAUGUUAAACAUUUAAAAGAAUUUUUUACUAUUAUUGAAAAUGAACAAGAUAAAGAAAGAAAAAAUUAUGAAGAAGCAAUAAAAAGUAUACAUAAAGCAUUACUUGCAUUAAAAGAUGGUCUAUUUGGUCCACGUGAUGGUAGUAGUGAACCAGCAAUAAGUGAUGUAUCACAAUUAUGUAGUGGUAUUUAUUCUCAAGAACUUAUAACACUAAUGAUAAAUAAUUUAAGUCGUGUAACAUUUGAAGAUCGAAAAGAAAUCGUUGCAAUAUUUAAUAAUCUUUUACGACGACAAGUGGGAACUAAAUAUCCUGCUGUUGAUCAUAUUAUUCAAAGACCGGGAAUUUUAUUUAAAUUAAUUGAAGGAUAUGAGAAUGCUGAUAUUGCACUUAAUUGUGGGAUGAUGUUACGUGAAUGUAUACGUGUUCAAGAAUUAACAGAAAUUAUUUUAAAAUCAGGAGAAUUUUAUAAAUUUUUUGAUUUUGUACAAAAGUCAACAUUUGAUAUUGCUAGUGAUGCAUUUGCGACUUUUAAAGAUUUAUUAAUCAAACAUAAAUCUUUAUGUGCAGAUUUCCUAGAAAGAAAUUAUGAUCAAUUUUUUACAAGAUAUCGUGAUUUACUUAAUUCAGAAAAUUAUGUUACACGUCGACAAUCUUUAAAAUUACUCGGUGAAUUAUUACUUGAUCGUUAUAAUUUUUCAGUUAUGACAAAAUAUAUAACAAAUCCAGAUAAUUUAAAACAACAAAUGAAUUUAUUAAAAGAAAAAAGUAAAAAUAUUCAAUUUGAAGCAUUUCAUGUUUUUAAGAUAUUUGUUGCUAAUCCAACAAAACCAAAAGCAAUUUCGGAUAUUCUUCUUCGUAAUCGCGAUAAAUUAAUUGAAUUUCUAAAUACUUUUCAUACAGAUCGUACAGAUGAUGAACAGUUCAAUGAUGAAAAAGCUUAUUUAAUCAAACAAAUCAGUGAAUUAAAGGAAAUCAAAGUUUAA